AUGCGGGUACUACAAAAGUGUUUCAGUCGAGAGGAUGUUCCUCAAAUGUUGGUGACUGACAAUGGGUCACAAUUCUGCGCUGCGGAGUUGAAAACUUUGCUGGACAGUAUUGGCUGCCGACAUCUGCGCACAGCACCACGUUACCCCUGCUCGAACGGCAUAGCAGAAAAUUUGGUGAAAAUGUUGAAGAGUGCCAUUUUCUCUGCAAAUCCAAGGACAAUUUUAGAGUUGGAGAUACUCCUAGACAACUUCUUAUUGCAAUAUCGGAAUGCCGCACAUACUACCACCAAAGAGAGCCCAGCGAAACUGUUCAAAGCCAGAAGUUUACGGUCUUCACUACGAUGCGUGGAUUUGAUUGACGACGUAUACUUACGGGGAAACGACUUGAGACCAUCAAGAGGAAUCAUUACCCGCAAGAUUGGUCAAGCUACGGUCGAGAUCACAGAUAUGACAGAUGCGACGGUUCAUCGAUGCCACAUCGACCAAAUUCACUUCAACGAAACUUCCACUUCGAAAGAAGCUCCUGUCGAAGAAAUUCAAGGAUACCCGAAUGGUGAGACGCCGUCAACAACUACUGAAGAUCGAAGGCAACAACCCUCUAUUCCGGAAAUGUCUGCCGAUGAGAACAUCCCACUGGCCCUCCGACGACCCAUAAGAAGAGCGAGCCAAAUUGACGAUUUGGGUCCUGUGAUUCAUAUUGCGUGGUUGGCGCUCCGAAUUCCGUGCGUAAUACUGCUGCUACUUCAUUUGAUAGUAUAUGGCUGA